CUCUGUACAGAGUACAGGUAAAUCGACCUGUUUUAUUUAGCCAAAAUCGUCGGAUUACGGAUUAGUUAAUUUUGAAAACUAUUCUUCUACUGUUAAGUUCGCUGUUAGCACUUCAGAAUGGUUAAACGGUUACGGAAAACGAGGAAAAAUCAAAAGUACAAUUACAACAGAAACCGUAAAAGGCUCAACAAGAAGAUUCGCAACACCGGCGUUAUAAAAUGCAAGGAAAUCAGCAAAGCCCUUGAUAAAACACAAAAACUUUCCACUAACAUCCGUCAAAUGGGCCUGGCAUUCGACGUAAAUAAAGCUCUUCCGGUUCCGAAUGCCAAACAGGAACGUCUUCAUUUGACCAGAUACGUAAACGGAUUUCUGGAGGAAGACAACUCGGAUGAUGAUGCUCCGAGACCCAGUAAAACGAAAGCGAAAACACGCAAGCCGGCAAAGGUGGCCGUCCGCCAGCAGCUGGAGAAGGAUGCUAACGAGUACGUGGAAAGUCGCUUCCGACUGCCGAAGGGUCAAGUGCAGUACAUAACGGAGUUUAUCGAUGCUCACGGUUUCAACUAUCGGGCAAUGUCACGCGACAGGAGGAACUACGACCAGGAGACGUGGCGUCAGCUGCGCCAGAAGGUGCGCAAAUUCCUGUCCAUCCCCGAGCAGUGUACACCCUACCUGGAGCGGAAAGGUUGGCUCGACUGCGAUAUGGGUGAUCCGAAUGAUGCCCGGUGGAAGGAGUACUGUACCGACGAUGAGGAAUGUUGAGUGAGAGGGGAUUGUUAAUUUUUUUAAUAUACUAUU